ACUAUGAAGGCUUAUCUUUUCGCUCUGAAAAAGGGGAACGAUUCGUUAUCGUGGAUUUAUUCAAGUUAGAUGACAUUUAUAUCGACAAAAAUGACGAAACAGCCUGGAUUCAAACAGGAGUGACAAUGGGGCAACUUUACUAUGAAAUCGCGAAAACAGGCGAAAAUCUUGCAUUUCCAGGGGGAUUGUACCCUAGUGUUGGGAGUGGUGGGAUAAUAAGUGGUGGUGGAAUUGGUACUUUGAUGAGGAAAUUCGGCCUAGCGGCUGAUAAUGUCCUCGAUGCACGUGUAAUGAACGUAAAUGGAGAAAUUCUUGAUAGAGAAUCGAUGGGAAAAGACUUGUUUUGGGCUAUAAGAGGAGGUGGAGGAUCGAGUUUUUGUGUUAUUUUAGCUUGGAAAGUUAAACUAGUACGCGUACCAUCAAAGCUUACUGUUUUCACAGUACGUCGAAAAUUACAUGGAGAGACUAUAAAUUUACUCCAGAGAUGGCAAAAUGUGUCACAUAAAUUAUCUCGGGAUUUGUUCAUGAGAGUUUUGAUUCAAAAUAUGGGAAUUGGAAGUAAAAGAAUAGUACAAGUGUCAUUUCAAGGGUUGUUUCUUGGUAGAGUGAGUGAGUUACUCCCAAUGUUGAACCAAACUUUCCCCGAAUUCGAGUUAGUUACAAAUGAUUGUUUUCAAGAACCAGUAGUGAAUUGCGCGAUAGGAUUGCCAUGUAUAAAGAAAGAAUGCUUUGAAGUCCCCUGGAUUCGUACAACGUUGUAUUUUGCAUCCAAGAGAAUAAACGAUUCGAUUGAAUUUAUGGUGAACAAGACCAUGCCAAAAAGAAAGAAUUACUAUAAGGCAACGUCCGAUUUUGUGAAAAGUCCAUUGCCAAAAGAGGUAUGGGGGAUGAUUAGAACUAUGUUUCGCGAUGAAGAAAGGCCUAUGAUGAUAUUUGAUCCAUUAGGUGGAAGAAUGGAUGAAAUUUCGAAAUUCGAUAUUCCAUUUCCUUAUAGAAAGGGAAAUUUGUUCAACAUUCAAUACAUGGUGAAUUGGUAUGAUAAUAGUGAAAAUAUAUCUAACAACAAGAUUAAAUGGCUAAGGGAACUUUAUGAGAAAAUGAAGCCAUUUGUGUCACAUUUCCCAAGAAACGGUUAUCUCAAUUAUAGGGAUCUUGAUUUUGGGAAAAAUGAUGGUGAAUAUAGAUAUUCAAAUUCUAGAGUUUGGGGUGAAAAAUAUUUGAUGGUAAUUUUGAGAGGUUAGCAAAGGUGAAAAGUAAAGUGGAUCCUAGUAAUUUUUUUAGGUUUCAACAAAGUAUUCCACCUUUUAGUGUGUCAACUUAAGAGGAAGGUAAAUGAAAUUCGAAUUUCUUCA